UGGAUGUCAAAAAUCUACUUGUUUACAAUUUGUAAAUAAAAUAAGAUUUCAAUUAGUUUAAUUUAUUUUUGUACUCUCUCAAAAUUACAAUAAAUUCAAACUCGCAGAGGUCGUACAGGGUUUAGAAAUCCAAUGUAAUGCUUUGUUUAAUUUCGUUUUACUUUUAGCUUUAAGUAUUUUUUUUUACAAAAAUUUUUGUGGGUGUUUUCAAGGAGUGUAGUGGCGAAUACGUGAUGGCUGAUCCUCUGACGGCGGAACAAGAAAAUGCAACAAAAGAAUUUAUCGACCGAGUAAAUUCAAGAUUCAAAAGAAAAUUCGGCACCACUCCAGUUUCCUGGUCAACUGCGGUCCGAUUUUUAUACGCCAGAAAAUUCGACGUGAACCGCGCGGUGGUUCUUUUCGAACAGCACGAAGCAACGAGAUAUCGUGAAGGCCUAAACCGAUUCGACCCCUUACAGGAACCCUUACACAGCGAACUGUUAACAGGGAAAUUUACAAUAUUGCCUAAAAGAGAUUGCAGCGAGGCCGCCAUAGCCGUAUUUACAGCUCACAAACACGCACCUACAAAUAGUACCCAUCAGACUACUUUACAGGGUGUUGUUUAUCAACUGGACGUGGCCUUACAAAACCCUCUGACGCAAAAGUCUGGGAUUGUGUUCAUCUACGAUAUGUCCAACUCGAAAUAUUCGAAUUUCGAUUAUGAAUUGUCCCAGAAAAUACUUACUCUGCUUAAGGGUGGUUAUCCGGCAAAACUGAAAAAAGUUUUAAUAGUGACUGCCCCGUUGUGGUUCAAGGCCCCAUUCAAAAUCCUACGUUUGUUUGUGAGGGAAAAACUCCGGGAAAGAGUAUAUACCGUUUCAACUGCCCAACUGCUCGCCCAUAUUCCCAGAGAUUCGUUGCCCGCCCAAUUGGGCGGCUCUCUAGUCCUGGACCACGAUGGUUGGUUGGAGCACUGCCUUUCUUCCAUGAGUGCCACUAGAGGAACUUCACCUUUACCACUUUACGAUGAUAAAACUCCAUCUCCUCAAAAACGGCUCAACGCUCCAGGCGAAAUUGACAUAAAUACGGGCAAAGAAGUGCCCGCUGACGCUUGGUCUUCGGAAGAGGCCAAUCUGAAUCCUCCUUCUAGUGCUUCAAGUGGAUUUAGCGACGACGAUUCGUUGCACGGUGAUGGGGCUGCGCUUACAAUGGUGCAGCUAGUAGAUUAUGUUAGACAUCGAGGAAGGGCUGGUCUUAUACAAGAAUACGCCGAAAUCCGUUCCAGACCACCCGAUGGUACAUUCAACGUUGCCAAACUGCGCAAUAAUCUACCGAAAAACCGUUACACCGACGUGCUGUGCUACGAUCACAGCCGAGUGAUUUUGUCUGAAAUCGAUUGUGAUAGAGAUAGUGAUUACAUUCACGCGAAUUUUGUCGACGGGUACAAACAGAAGAAUGCUUUUAUCAAUACGCAAGGUCCGCUGGCGAAAACGACGCCGGAUUUUUGGCGAAUGAUUUGGGAACAACACACUUUAGUUAUAGUAAUGACCACUAGGGUGAUGGAAAGAGGCAGACCGAAAUGUCACCAGUAUUGGGAAACCGAGGAGGGUACCGAAGCAACUUACGGAUAUUUUAGCGUAAAAACAAUGGCUGUGGAAACUGAUCCCAAUUAUAUUGUCACCACUAUUAGUUUGACUAAUAAAAAAACGGAAGAAACCAGGGAAGUAUCUCAUUGGCAAUUUACAUCGUGGCCCGACUAUGGGGUACCGUCAUCUGCCAAAGCUAUGCUAGAAUUUAUGGAGAGAGUCAGAAGACAACAGGCGAGCAUGGUAAACGCUUUAGAAGACACUUGGGCGGGUCAUCCUAGAGGUCCGCCCAUUGUGGUGCAUUGCAGUGCUGGUAUAGGCAGAACUGGUACGUUUUGUACUCUAGACAUAUGUAUUUCACGUUUAGAAGAUGUCGGUACGGCCGAUAUUCGAGGAACAGUGGAAAGGAUACGAUCGCAACGAGCUUAUUCCAUCCAAAUGCCAGAUCAGUAUAUAUUUUGUCAUUUAGCUCUUAUCGAAUAUGCUCUUAUGAAGGGGUACCUGCAAUCGGCCGAUUUGGAAGGUUUCGAUCAGGUGGUCGACGACGAAUCUGAUUAGUAGCUAGGCCAUUUUUUUAAAUCAAUUUCUUAUGUGUAAUUUAAUGGGCAAAAGUAAUCAUUUGAGUUGGGCAAAUUGACUAAGAAAUUCAUCAUUUCUGUAUUAAAAAUAUUUUUGAUGAGAACAAAAACAAAAUUACUUUUGUGGUAUUGUGUGUCUGCAAGAUGUAGGGAUCGGGCGAUAUAAGAUAAUAAUAAUUUAAUUAAUAUUGUUUAUAAAACAAUAACAUUUUUAAAAUUAAGUUCCAAAAAUAACCAAUUUGUUUUAUAUAAUUAUUUAUUUUUAUAGCAAAAUUCAUUUUUGCAAACCUAAUUAUCAUAAUAAUUCGUCAAUAAAACUAUUAUAUAAGUAAAUGUGUCAUAGAUUAUAUAUUGAAAAUACGAUUUUGGUAGGAAGUCAAAAAAACUAAUUUCCUAACAAUCGUAAUACAUACGUAUAAUUUAUUCUUACAUAUCUUUAAGAAUUAUAUUUGGGAGAAACUACAUAGAUUUUUUUUAAUAAUAAAUAACUCCAGUUAGUUAACUUGAAAUUGCCGCUCCUUAAUAAUAUUAGUCUCUCAAAUUUUCGAUGUUUGUUGAAUAAUUAUUAAAAAAAAAGAACUAUUGAACUAUCUGUGUCUGUAAUUACUUGUAUAGUAUAAAAUAUCUGUCUUGGACCUGAUUUAAAAAUAAUAUAAAAAUGAAUUAAAUAAGAUAUUUACCUAAAGACUGUCCACUUUUCGAAAAAUCCCUUUUUACUUUAUAUUAUAUUUGUAUUAAUUAAUUUUUAAGGUGAUAUUUGUUUCAAAAUAUUUAAAUGAUAAUAAUAUUUACAAGUUAUUUUGCAAAGCGAUUUUUUUUUUAUUUAUUGGUUUAAAAGUUUAUUUGUUUGUGACACGAUUUUUCUUAUUUUGUAUAUACUUUUGUUUCACUUGGUAAAAUAUACAAAAUGCUUUUUAAAAUUUGUGUUUUAUUUGAAUCCUGAAUCCAUUCGACUUUCCAUUAAAACCUGAAGUUUCAAACCUGUACGGGGUGUUUGGAAAAAGUUAGAAAAUUGGAAAAUUCCUCUAUUUUCAAACUACAUUUAUCUAUUUUUUAAAUACACUUAAGCUAGAUAUACAGGGUGUCUGGAAUAACUUAAAGGAAGUACAUGGGGAUUUUGGAAAUCAUUGAACAUAUUAUAUGGUAGACAAAAUAAAUAAAAAAUUGCACAAUCAAAUGCCUACAAAUAAUCUGUCAUAAACUUCUUUGAACUCGGAAUAGCAACGGAUAUACAGGGUAAGACACUUUGUAUUGAAACAUUAUAUCGAGAUUUUAUACAGCAUUUUGUUGCUCUCUACAUCUGCAAGCUCAUUUUGGAAAUUGAAAAAAAAAAAUCACAAUCCUUUUACAUAGAGUAUUGUCAAAAAUGCUCCAUUUUGGAAAACCUAAAUGAAAAAGUUAAAAAGAAAAAAACACACAGAUCAUUUUAAUCCUACAACAAUCUCAAAAACGAUAUAUUACGUGUAAUUUUUUUAAAUAGUUUACAAUUAGAUUAGGUACAUCUAAAAAUUGGCUAUAAAUAUCCUAGUCAACUUUACCUAAAAAAAAAACACCUUGAUGUGGUGUCUUCCUUUUUAAAAGUAUUCGAGUAACUCAAUUCUCUAUAUAAUAUAUCUCAAAUUUAAAAACAAGUACAUAAUAUUGACUAUUCUUCUCACAAAUACAUCAUUGCAAAUUUUCUUAAAACUACUUUUCCGGAAAGAUUUUUUUUUUUGGUAGCAAAUACAUAGCUACUCUUAGAGAGGCGGAGAGAGAAAUUAAAACAUUUUUGUUCGACUUUUUAAAGAACAUUUUAAACAUCUAAACAUUAAAUUUGAAAACAGAAUUGCUACAUUUUUAAAGUACAACGAUAUCAAUCAUUUGAAUCCAACCAUUUGCUUUCUUCUAUAAAUCUCUCGAAACAAUCCAGAAGAUAUUGAUGCUAAAAAUCACAAAAAUUAUUCGAUUCAAUUUAUGUAAACAAAUUACUUACAUAAGGUGUAAAUAUUUUGAGCCAUCGAGGUGUUUUAUCUUGCCGAUUAUAUUUAAGACAAAAUGCCAUGCCUUCUUCAUCGAUUUCCCAUUGUCGAAUGCUGUCCCAUUCGAGGACCACAAUUUGACUCUCCAAAGUGCCAUCUUCCAGACAGGCGUGCAAUUUUAAGCCACUUGUGCCUAUUGACAAUAUAACGUGUCCAUCUUUUCUGGAAUCACACGCGCAGUGCGGAUAAACGAUUUCUCCAUAUCCUGGCAGUUCUCGUGCUAAUUUUAAAUAUUCAGUUGCUCUUGUGUUGUCUUGUAGGGCUUUUAAUUGAUAUAAACGCUCGCCAGCGUUAAUGUAGCCUCUGU